AUGCCACCAAAGAAGGACAAGAACGCAAAGGAGCAACCAGAAGAAUUGAAAAUUGUUGUUUUCGGUUCAGGAGGUGUAGGAAAAUCAGCUCUCAUCGUCCAACUUAUUCAAAAUGUAUUUGUAGAACAAUAUGAUCCGACCUUGGAAGAUUCAUACCGAAAAGAUACACAUAUUGAAAAAAAACCAGUAAUUUUGGAUAUAUUGGAUACUGCUGGACAGGAAGAAUUUUGUACACUUCGUGAUCAAUAUAUUAGACAAGGAGAAGGUUUCGUCAUUGUUUAUAGUGUCACUAAUAGGAAUUCAUUUGAUGAAGUUUAUUCAUUCCUUGAACAAAUUGCUCAAGCUAAAGAAUUUGACAAUGCUGAUGAAUAUCGUAAUUUAGCAAGUGAGACAGCAGUUGUCUUGGUUGGUAAUAAGGCAGAUUUGAAGAAUGAACGAGUUGUUUCAGCAGAUGAAGGACGUGAAGUUGCCAAAAAGUUUGGAAAUAUUACCUUCUUUGAAACUUCUGCAAAAACUAGAACAAAUGUUGAGGAGAGCUUUAUGGAUUGUGCUGUCCAAAUUAUGAAUAAGGUGAAAAAGAGAAAGAAGGGAGCUUGUACCAUGAUGUAA